AUGCCCCCCUCUCCCUUCAAAAUCAAUCGAUUCCUUCUCUCACAUCCAUGGAGCUCGGUGUUGGGAAUCCGGAGAUUCCUACUUCUGCUUUUUCUCCCUGCUGGAGAACUUCAACUUGGGAAAAUUGAUCUAUCGGAUAACCUAAUCAUGUUACUCGCCAACACACCCUUCAUCAAAACGGCUAUCAGAACCCAUUUGUGUAAAGAGCUUCAGCUCCUAUCGAAAUGGGCUUCUCCAUCGCCACCACCCACCUCGUCAUCAUCCGUUGGUCCAAACCUAGCUUCCCUAGCUAUCUACUUGUCCAAAUCCGUAACCAUGGCCUCGUUCGAGGUCUUGAUCGAUGAGUUAGGAUGUCUAGUCGCCAUUGUCCAUUCGUUCCCAGAUCUGGAGCUUGGUGCUCAAGCAUAUCUGAGUUCCGAGAAUGGGGAUGUGCUCCAUCCCUCUUCACUCGUCUUUGGAAUGGGCAGGGGAGAGUGA